AACGACAAGUUGUGUUAUUUUUGUCUCUUGCUGGAAUCGGUAUUCAAUUGAAGUGAGAAGUAGGGUACUGCGCACAGUCGGAAUCGGUAUCGGUAUCGGUAUCGGUAAGCGAAGGUCAACUAGCACCAACAGAAGAGGAGAAAAGACAAGAAAAGACAAGACAAAAUGGAAGUCGAACCGAGGACGAUGCGACGUAACAUCCACGAGAAGCACGAGUACCAACGGUACACGGAGAAGACAAAGAGAAAUACCAUGGGAUGGAAUUCGAGAUCUCUUUUGGCAGUGGCCCUGUUCCUGUUCGGCAUUGUACCUGCGGCUGGAAACCCGGUUCUCGGAAACGAACCGGAAGCCAAAGCCUCACUGUGUCGCACCAGGGACUGGUAUGAUUUGUCCCAAACCAUCCGGACACCACCGGGAAUCGGAUCGUCGAAGGCUUCGACAGCAGCAACAGCAGGUUUGACGAAACAAAUACACGCUCCGAUUCUCGGAAUCCCCCGGGGUGGGAGCGGGUCGUUGGGCAGGAGCGGAGGACCCCAACAAAUCAUAGUACACAAGCAGAGAAUCAAACGCGGUGUACGGAGGAACAACUCGUACUACCUAAAGGCGCUCGACGACGAGAUUCUAAGGCUGGAGCAGCAGCUGCGCCGCGUCCACGAGGAAAAACGCACCCUCAUAAAGAGAGCCAGGGCGAAAGCGAAAAGGAAGCCGAAAGCAACCUCGAAAACGAAACCAGCGAGCAACAACAGCAACAACAACAACAACAACAACAACGAGCAAAAACAAGAGGCCGAGGACGAGGAGCAGCUCUUGCGUCUCGCCAACCUGGAGCGCCUCGAAAACGAACGGGACGCGCUGCUCCGGGCCAGGGACCAGCUCGAAUCCCUCAAAGCCGAUUGCGAAGAAAAGCAAAGGGCGCUCGAAUCCGAACUGACGAAAGAGGGCGCAAAGCGGAGGGAGAAAGAGCGGUCCCUCCGGAAGAAGGUCGGGGAGCUCGAGGCCACCAUCCGAAAGACCACGCGGGCGGGGGCGACCGUUGGUGGGAACAGCCCCGAGCUCGAUGAGGCGAUCCGCGCCGCCUGCCAAGCCGCGAUCGAGGGAUUCUGGGCACACGCCACCGAGCGGCUCCGCCAACACGAAGCCGACCUCCGGGUCCGCCACAACCAAGAACUCGAGGACGAACAGAAUUUUGCCAAGGCGGCCCUGAAAAAGCAAAAGGAAAAGAUGCGGGCCCUGGCGAGGGCGAUGGCCGUCCGGGAGCAAGAGCUGUGGGAAAAGCGAAAGGGAGAAUCGCUGUCGACCAAGGGACGAAAGAGGGAGGAACCCUCGGGACCGAAGGCCCGGGCACGAGCGAGAGCGCCCGACGAAAAGGAGAGAGAGAAAGACGAAACCCUCCGGCUGAGAGCCAUACGGGAGGAAGCGGAACGAAAGUCGAGGGAGGAAGAGGAGCGCCUCUGGCUCGAGCUCGAGCGUGGUUUGAAGGAGGAGCGGGAGCAACUCGAGCGGCAAAAGAAGCGAGAAGAGGAGGAGAGGAGACUCUGCGAGCGGGAGGAGCGGGAGCGGCAGCGAAUAUUACAGAUGCACGCCAUGGAAGAAAAGCGGCAGCAGGAGGAACACCAACACCAACAAGAACAAGCACCGCCGGGCCCCGAACCGAGCCGGGGGUUUUGGGCGUCCCUGCGCCGCCGGAGGUCGGCUCCUUCGAGCGAGGGACGGCCUUGCGAAAAACCCCUGCCAUCGCCGAUCGAGAACUACCGCCAUAGGGUUCCGUGGCAACCAGUCUUUCUCCCGCCCAAGGAACUGGUCCGACUCACAACCCCGGCUGCUGCGCUGGAUCCGUAACGAAUGGGACAGGAACCAGAGACAGGCGGGCACGAAGGCACGCACGCUCGCACGCAUGCCUGCCUGCCUGCAUGUGCCCGUGAAAUAGAAUCGAUAAACCGAC